AUGCAUAUUAGCAAGGACCUGUUUUAUUUUCUUAACUGGGAAUUAAUUUCUUCAAUUGAUAAUCUUUAUGAUUUAACACACGGAGAUGAAGUUAUUGAUAUAACUAUUCAUGCGAAAGAUUGUUGUAAAAUGUUCGGUCAUUAUACAAUUCCAAUUGUACAAGCAGGUCAAUCAUUUACAUCGUUGAAAGUUAAUUUAUUAUAUCCAAAAGAUAUAAUUGUAGACACAAUUAAAGAUAUUUGUGUUAAUAUUAAAAUUAUACGUGGACUUGAACAACGAAUUAUAUAUUCAACUAAUAUUAUGUUACCACCACCGUAUUAUAUGGAUCGUUCUGUUGUUCGUAUACCAAUGUAUCGUAUUUGGUAUUAUGACGAUUAUUUUAACAUGGCAUGGGGAGAUUUAUUAACAGGAAAACAACAGAAAUAA